CCCAAAGGCUCUUUUAAGAGCCACCCAUGACGUCACUCCAAAGAGCUUCUGAUAUUGGGUUUGUAGAACUCGUGUUCAAUUUUUGCACGUCUAAUUGAUAAACUUUUUUAUAAGAAUAAGUUAAGCAAACUUCAAGUUGUGACAUGGUUUUAUGAAUUUACUAUUUCCUUACAUCAAAACAAUUCAACAAUAGUACAUAUUUUUCAUUAAAUAACAGUUUUUCAAAAGUUGACCUGUAAAAGUUUAGCCUACAUGUAACCGCUUCUAAUUUUAACUAAAAACCGAGUUUGGGGAAAUGUUUGAAUUUUAAACAUCACAUCAACAUAAAUUUCCUAUGAAAAUUCGAUCAUCUAAAAGCUAUUUUGUAAGAAAAACCUAACAUUCCAUUGUUUAAAUAAAUGUUCAAGGAAAAUGCUGUGUAUUUAAUAACAAAGUUAUUCGAAUCAAACCACCGCGAUCAUGCGGACCACAAACUGUUUCUGAGUUUAAGGUGUUUAUUUGGGAUAUAUUUGUCACCUCACGUGAUAAGUAUAAUUGUGUUAUGAAUAUUAUAUUUUUAUCUAAUCUGGGACACCAUUAAAACAUGCUCUAAUAUAAUUCUGUCAUUCAAUUAUUUCGUUUUUAAGUUUGCAGUUUGUUUUUCCAAAUUAUGAAGUAAAUGAAAGACCCUUUUAGUGUUCACGUCCAGUGGCGGAGCCAGAGGGUACCCAGGGUGGCACUGAACACCCCUGACAUCCAAUUGGACAUCCCAAAAUUUGAUUCGCUACUUAUGUUGAUUGACAUCUGAUUUCACCGUUCGUUGAACAACGCUUUUAUUUUGACGUUCGGGGCCCAUGCUUGCACGUGACGUCACCGCACACGAAAUUCAAACGAGUCUAGUUGAGAAUGAGAACGGAAAAAAGUUGUGCGAUGGAUUGUACAGCGCGAAAUCUGAGAUUUAUUUUUAAAGACUGACGAAACAGAGAGAGAAAAGAAGCAAAUGGACCGCUGCAAUUUGCUAAACAAAUGGAAUAUUCAAAAGUACCCGCUUGCUUUUGCUUUCUAGCCAUUUCAAGUCCGACCCAGCCAGGUUUUUCAAAACUGUAAACAGUAUAUCGACCGAGUAUGUGGGUCAAUGCCAGCCCUCCCGGUGCACAUCCCGUAAAUGAACAGAAGCCAAGGUCAUCGAGAAGGUGCCAGCUGUUGUACUGAACCCAUCCAUGUGAUGUAUGUCUUGCUGGUAGUAUUGGGUUUGGUGUGUCUUUCACAAUAUCAAGUAAAUUAACAGCAUAGAAUUAUUUCUCCUGAUUGUUCCUGAACUCAUCGUUUGCAAACUGCACACCGCUGUAAAUGUUUACAUGGUACGGACACGGGUGUAAACUUUACAGCUGAAACGUGUUCAUUUUCUUUCAGUAAUGUGUUAUAGUCAAUGUUGUGUUUGGGAUAAUGAAUAGACGUGACAUCAUUUCUCACGGACCAAUGAACAUGUUUAUACAUUGUGUGUGAAAAACCAUCUAGUUGAAAGAAUAAAUACUAAUAAAUACUCAUUUAAGUCAGCCAUCAUCCUCAUGACGAGGACACGUUUAAUGCUCUCUCUGUUUUCUCCAUGACUGUCUAGUCUCGUUGUUGCGUUGAAUUUAAAUCGUGUUCUCCUGUUUGCCUAAAUAUCCACGUUUGCGACUCUCGGCAUCUCUGGUCCGUGCCGUCCCGUGACAACCACAUUGGUGUUUUAGAAGGUUUAGUAGUAUCAUAAGAUUUGCAAAAGUGUACUUUUUUAUUAAUUGCAAGAAGUACAAUUGUACAUAUUUUUUUAAGAAUUGAUUUGAAAUUGGACUCAAGUGAAGAUAUUAGUGAAGUUGAAUUACUCCAGUACUUUACAUCCAUGAUCCAUUGUGAAGACGUACCCCGUUGCCCUGACAUUCAUAUUCUAUUACAUCAUCGUUUCUCAAUUCCUCACACCACCAUCCACAAAUGUUUCACGCAAUCUGAUUAUGAUUUCAGCCAUUUGAACACGAUCAGCAUGUUUCAGAUCUGCAGGAUGCUACUUAUCAUCCCCAACUCCAUGCAGAAAAUAUUUACAGAUUUCACCUGAGCGUGCUUAUCAGUGAUGGGGGGAUGACGCAUAUACACAGAAGAUAAGAAGCGUACCCACGCUAUGUAAACGCUGAGCGAAUGUGUAAUCAAACCUAUGUCGGGUGACUAUUUAAGUCUCAUUCGUUCCUCACUGGAGAAACAACCGCACUCUUCAGUAUCUCUUCGCAGUCUUCAUCCUCAGCGGUCAGAAUGGUAAGCUCCAUUUCAAGGAGGAAUCUUUACAGCAUUAAUGUGCUUUAUGUUUGUGGGCUGUUUUCUGACUCUAGAUAUCACAGAAGUGGCUCGUCGUGUUAUGUCUGCUUCAUCUGGCUAUUCCAGUCACUCGGGGGGUUGUAAACACAGUCAAACUCGCUCAUAUGAUCCAGUAUUUUGAAGACUUUGUUCAGCCAAAGCCUGGAGCUCAGUUCGCCAUUGCGUUGGCUGUCUCAGAGUCUCAGUGUACAGAUGAACAUACAGAUGUCAGGGAUGUGUUCAGCGAGGCUGACGCUAAGCAUGUCAACGGUGUCAUCGCCGGAGGACACACUUGUGUUCUCUGCACACCAGCAGAAAAUGUCAUCGCUGCACGACCCGAUGGAAAAACAAAAGAACAUUCUGAACAUAUUCUCCUCUUUCCUCCGGGUAAUUCCCCAAUGGACAAAUUAAUCAAAUCUAAAGGCAGCUGUAUAGUUUUUUACUCCUACAACUCACCGUGUGUGACAAAGUGCAUCAGUAGUAAAGACAAUAUUGUGCCAGGCCUUUCAAACUGGAUAAAUCUACGAAAAGAAGAAACAAAUGUAUUUGUCUUUGAAACCAUUUGGCAGAAGGACAAGUGGAGGAAGGAUCUGGAUAAGGAGUUCUUAAAGGUUAAUGCAGUCGUGCCCCUUUAUCGGUCCAAAAAAGUCAAUAAUGUGAUGGAAAGUCGUAAAUGUGUGGAGGAAAACACUGAGAAGGUAAUACCUUUCUGUCUUCAGGAUAAAAAAAACUUACUUUCUAUUUUCCUGAGAAUGUUUACGUCAAUAUUUGACCUGCAAGACGAUUACUGAUUACUGAGACCAGAAAACAUCAAACGCAUUCACACGCACACAAGUCUUGAUUCAUAAGCACGUGUUUUCUGCAAAGUGAUUUCAUCCUCUGUCCUCGUGAAAUUGUCAUGAUAUUCAUUAUAAAUGUGUUCAGACAUGAAAAUGAUGUUCAUGCUUAUGUUACUCACUUGUUAUUGAGUGUUUCUGCAGACAGACAAUCACAAUCCCACAGACGAACUUUUAUUAGACUGCCGAUUUCCUGAAUUAACUAGGCUAUACAAAAAUAAAUACAAAAAAUACUAAGAUUAAAUGCAUUUAAAUACAAAAUACUAUUACAAAAUAAUAGCAUUUUGUAUUUCAAACGGAUGAAUUUGAAACGCAGUCUAAUAAGGAGGUUGACUGGCAAAAAGUAUUUCAGUUUGGAAAUACAAAAAUACUAAGAUUAAACACAUUUAAAUACAAAAUACAAGGUUUUUUUCAAAGGUAUUUAAAUACAAAAUAGUCCCAUCUCAUCACUGAACUAGAUUAUAUAGAAUUCCAGCUAGUCGUCAUGUAAACGUUAGCUUACCUUGUCAUUGGUGCUGGUCACAGGGAUCUUGCUAACUAGCGUCCUGAAAGCAGCCCAAUGACCCCUCAAAACCCGCCCAAAGGGAAUGAAAACUAGCCCAAUUAUUUUAUGGUGUCAAAUCAAAGUUAACAACUGCCAAAAGACGUUUAUAUUGCUAUAUUUACUUAUCUGAAUGCUUUCCUCGGUAUUGUAUAUAUGUUUUGUUCUGUUGAACUCAAAAGAUGUUUUGGGGGAUUUAGGAAAGCGAACAAUUCCGGGUCACCUUUGACUACCAUUACAAUCUUUUCCGCUAUGGUAGUCAAUGAUGCCAAAGAAUUUUCAGUUGCUAACAUUCUACCAAAUAUCUUUGUGUUCAACCGAACAAAGACAUUUAUACAGGUUUGGAGCAACUAGAGGGUGAGUAAUCCAUAACAGAAUGUUCAUGUUAGGGUGGAGUGAGUGUCCCUUUAAAUAAGAUCCCACGUGUGCUCGAGGCCACGCACGGAAAUGGACGAGAAACGUGUUUUCUCUUUAGACAUGACUGUCCUGGAGUUGCCAGGUAUUCAUCUGACUAUGAAUUAUGGUGGAUUUUCUAUUAUUGAUUGAGUUUUUAUAUGAGAAUGCAUUUAAACUAGAUAAAGGUCUCACACACUUCUCUAACACAGAAAAGGCUAUGAGUCUCAUAGCAAAAAGACCAUGAUCUCAUGGGUCAAAGGUUACAGGUGAACAUCAAACAGCACCAUAAGACAUCUGCAUCGCACGCAAACAC